GUUGAAAACUAUCUCCGGAAAUGACGACGCAUAUGGGCGUGAGUCGGAUAUCGAAUUGCUUGUCUGCGCGUUGACGUCACGAGGUGUGUGGGCUCCGGUCCUGGGCGGCGGAGAAGAUGGCGGUGUGCGCAGGUGUUAAGGUUCCUCGUAAUUUCCGAUUAUUGGAAGAACUUGAAGAAGGCCAGAAAGGAGUAGGAGAUGGCACAGUGAGUUGGGGCCUGGAAGAUGAUGAAGAUAUGACGCUUACUAGAUGGACAGGAAUGAUAAUCGGUCCUCCCAGAACAAAUUAUGAAAAUAGAAUAUACAGUCUGAAAAUAGAAUGUGGUCCUAAAUACCCAGAAGCCCCCCCAACUCUUAGAUUUGUAACAAAAAUGAAUAUGAAUGGAAUCAAUCAUUCCAAUGGCAUGGUGGACACACGAAGCAUACCAGUUUUAGCAAAGUGGCAAAAUUCAUAUAGCAUUAAAGUAGUUCUUCAGGAGCUUAGACGCCUGAUGAUGUCCAAAGAAAAUAUGAAGCUUCCACAGCCUCCAGAAGGACAAACCUACAACAAUUAAUGUGGGAUAAUUUACGUAUUUCUUCCUUGUCCCCUGCCAUAUAUUUUGGAAGGGCCUGCAAUGUCUAAUUUUGCAUGCCUCUCUGGCUCUAGGAGGGUUAACCCUUUCAGCCCUGACCACCUCUACUGGGCACAAUUUGCACAUGACUCAUUGUUAAAAGCCUGGAUGCCUCUCCCAGUUUUGAAGACUUCCACUGAUCCAAGUUUAUUGUCUGCAACAUGAGUUGCUGACUCCCACACCUCACCAAACACAGAUGCAUCCGAGGGCACAGACACAUGUAUUUAGACUAGUCAGGGGUGAAUGGGUGGCAAAACAGCAAUUUCUGUUCAUAAUUUUUGGAAGCCCAGAUUUUUAGAAUAUUAGGAUCCUGGGAAUUCUUAAGGAGCAGCAGUUCAUGUUGUGGGAUUAAUUGACCACACGCCUUCUACCUUUUGUAGUGUUAUUAGUAAAGUUAAAUAAUGGUAACAUUGACAUACUUGUGGAGUCCCACAAAGAAUAUUUGAAUGUACUAGUUAUUUACCAGGCCUGUGUCAUUUGCUGACUUCUAGCCUUGCCCUUUACAUGGAUCUGAGUAGUUGUGCUGCAUAUUUUAGCGUAUUAAGAUCUUUUGGACAUACAUCACUGAGAUCCUUGUCCUUAGCAUGUUUCACUCAUGACUCGGAAAUUUCAUUUUACGUUUUAAUAUAAAGUAUGGUUUUUUAAUUUAUUCUUUUUGUAACGGGUACUUUUUGAUUUUACAACGUUCAACAUUUAUUCUAACUUGAAACAUGCUUUUAGCACAUCAAUUUGUGAUUUCACCAAAUAUAAGAAUGCUAAACCUAUUGUAUUCGAGGCCAUUGAGUAACGUUUCGUCCUUGUUAUACCUUAAGGGAUAUUUGUGUAUCGACUGCAGCGAGUUCAAGCUUAGCACAAUGUUUUUUUUUUUUUUUAGCGUUAUCUAUUAUUGAGCUUUGCUUUUCGCAAGGACUCUCAGAUAAACAUAGCAUGGACUGCUACUCUCUGUUUUGCACCAGUGAAAGAAUUGUUCAUCUCACACUCCUUUUUCCAGGCCCAGUAUUGAAAGGGUUGCACUGUUGGUGUCCCUGCCUCAAACAAUCAUGAUGAGUUCUCAUGAUACAAAGCAUGAUGUUAAGCUAUCAGUUUGGUGGGGGGAUGGUGGUUACUGGUUAAUGUGGUGAAACUGGUUAAAUGUUUCACCACAUUUUAAGAUCAGAAAUGUAAACAGAAAUCCUAUAUUCAUCUUGCCUUGGCAAAUGGAAUUCUGUUUAAAUUGUUUAAAGUAACAAAUACAAUGGAUAUUGACUUUUUUUUUCAAGAAGCCUACAAGCCAACUUGAGUAGUGUCAAAAAGUGUGAUGAGGUCUUGCUAAUUGUAUUUAUGAAAAGGGGGAGGGUGGUUGAUUUCUGUAAAGCAGCUCCUGUUUGUUUCAGUUCAACAAACAGCAAACAUUUGUUUACAGUCUUUGCUCCUAAAAACUGCAUUCAAGUUUUAGUGCCGCAGACUUGUAUGACGAGGAUAUGGAUAAUGUGACUCUGAGAUUACAGAUAGUCGUACAAUGUAAAUAAAAUAUGGGAAGCGUU